GUUUUUUUUACCACUGUAAAUGUCUGACGUUUACGGCAAACGAAAACUUACAAAAAGUUGAGCAAACUGUCAGGAUGGACCUAAAGCCAAUUUAUACCGUUGAAUUAAAAGACCGCGAUUACAGAAAUUAUUCAUCGCGUGAGUUUCCAAUGUGCGAUCUAUUGGAAACGUUUGGUCCGAUUUUCAAAUUUCUGGCACCGGGACAUGAACUGUAUGACGCAAAAAAUGUUAACAAACUACUCACCAAAGUAGCGUCGACCAAUCCGAUAGCUGUGGAUAUGGGGGCGCAAAUACGAUCAUUUCAUUACCAAAAACUGAAAGCGGACGAUGCUACAGUUUACCGUGUGUCAAAGAUAGAAGCUAAACAAUCUGUCAACAUCAAAUCGUAUCUGACGACUGCUCAAAAUUUAGCCCCUCAUAAAAUUGAUCCACUAAAUAUCGAGGAUGUUGAGAGACUGUUUCAGUUGAUUUCGCAAAAAGCGAUCAUUUACAUUCACAACGCCGGUCACAAAUGUAACCAACACCUUGACGAUGGUGUCAUUUUUCACAAUCCAUCAGCGAUACGCAAUCCGUUAGCAUUGCUAAGGGAAUGUACCGAUCCACCAGAAAUAAGUCAGUAUUGGAUUUAUGUCGGAAAGCGAUACACGAAUUCAUUCUUACACACGGACGAUUUUGGGCUUCCUGUUAUUAACACUAUGUUGAACGACGGACAAAAAUUUUGGUUGACUGUUGAUCCCAGUGACAACGUCAAACUAAUUCAGAGGCUCAGACAAAUGUCCGGAUUGGACCGCAGCUGCCCGUACAAUUACUUAGACACCAAAGUAUUGAUUCCGCCAGCAACAUUACGACAAUGGGGCAUAAAGUUUUACACGACCAUUCAACGUCAAUACGAAACGGUCGUACUCGGUGAAAAUGUUUUCCAUCAGUGCAUCAAUUUGGAUCUGUCGGUCAAUUGUGGUGCAAAUUUUCUCAGCUGGGGAAGAUUAAAGAAGAACAGUACUGUGUACUGUAAAUGCCGGAAAGAGGCAAAGCUACGACAUGACGAAGGCGUUGAAAUCAAUGGAUUUGAACUACUCGCUACCUGGCGUACUCGGAAUUUACAAUGAUUUUGUGCUCGGUGAAAUGAUUUUGAGCUUUUUAUAUUUAUUCUAAAUUUUCAAAAAUUUAGUUGCAUCCGUUAAAAUGAACUUUGAAGUAUGUGUGCUAAAUACGUGAAUGUUGAAAUAUGUGAUAAAAAUACGUAAUUAAAGUAAAUGUUCAACUAAAC